CUGCUGGCUCCCCUUCCCUUGUUUUCCUUCAGAGCCAGCACACAGAGUUCUGUCCCCUUUCUGCACCCACUUCCGAUGAUGCUCACCACACCCUUCACCUGCCAAAGCCUUGCAAACUGUGAAACUCCCCAAACUGCCCCAGGCCUGCCCUCUUCAGACCCAGGCCCCCAGCAGGGCUGAGGCGCUGGUUCCCUCUGCAUCCCUGCAGCUAGCUCCUCCCCUCUCUCCCCAGGGACUCCCCGCAUCAGCAAACAAGAGCCCACCAUCCUUGUCUGCCUCUCAGUCCCGCGCAGCUUCCCUCGACACUGUCCACUCUGUCCCCACGGCACCCCUCCUGCCAGCCCCUGAGCUCUCACCUCCUGCACUCCUGGGGCAGAUGUGGGUGGGUGAGGCACCUGGCCCUAGAGGUGGGUUGGGACCCUGUCUGGCCGAUUUAACCCUGCAGCACCCACUCCUUCAGCCUAGAAGGUUUUACCCCCACCAGGUUCAGGGACAACGUGUCCCACCAGAAGGGACAGAAGGCAAGGCUGGUAGCCCCCAGGUCCCUGAUUAGUCACAGAGCACUUCCCAGUGGGCUGACCCUGUCAGGCGCCCCUGCCCUACAUGCCCAGAGCUACCCAGCGGAGGGCAGGACUGGGGAGGAGGGCCAGCCAUUGCUUCUGACUCCGCCCCCUCCUGGAAAGGCUACUUAGCUCUGGAGAAGCCAGCGCCACCAUUCCAAGCAAGACCCGGAUGAUACUGACCCAGGGGAUCCCGGGCACAGCUGGACACAGGCCAGCCUGGCUCUGCCAAGACCUCAGACUCCCCUGCCACUUGGCACCCGAGACCCUCUCACCAAAGGACACAGGACCAGCCUGCCUGUUCCCUCACCCGUGCCCCUUGCCCACACCUCGCACCGAGGGCCCCCCCGAGGUGAAGGCUGAAGGGGUGGCUCAAGGCUAGGGCCCCCACACCUGCCCGGCUGGCUGCCCCCUCCAGCCCCGCCCACAUGGCCCAACUCCUGACUGCCACCCUCACCCUCGGUUGCAUCAGCCUCCUCUACCUGCAGCUUCCAGGCGCGCUGUCCUGCUGCCUGGGGAGCCGGCAGCCCGCCCGACCCAGGGAGUCCUCAGCUCGGACCUCUUCCAGUGGCCUGCAGCCCCCGCUUGUGGUCUGGAAGCUACGCCAGGCCCUCCAGCCACGGAGGAGCACCAGGCUAUCCCCCGUGUUGGGUCGGCCUCUCCGGGAUGGCCCCAACCAACGCUCGGGCUCCCACAAGCCCCGAGCCCAGCUUCUGCGGGUGGGCUGCGUGCUGGGCACCUGCCAGGUGCAGAACCUCAGCCACCGCCUGUGGCAGCUCGUUGGGUCAGCCGGCCCACGAGACUCGGCCCCUGUGGACCCCAGAAGCCCCCACAGCUAUGGCUGAGGUGGGGCAGGCCCUGCCUCUGUCUGUCCCAGCCGAGAGGCUGCACCUCAGUCCCAGAUCCGUAGCUGGGCCUCCAGCCUGCCCAGCCCCCAGAGCUCCUGGCAAAGAAGUGACUGCAGCAGUGGUGCAGGCCUCUGAGGAGAAACCCCUCACUUUCCACACCCACCAGGUCCCGCAGCCAACCUUGGACUGCUUUGGACGUAUAAAUUCAGGCACCUCCAGGCAUAUGUGCAGGCAGAAUUCAUAUACCCAGAAAUGUCCAAGCUCAGGGGAUAGGUGCUAAGCAGGAGUGGCUGGCAGCCAUGGAUGCCCAACAGUGCUUCAGAGGGGAGGGGUCUGUCCAAGCACAUGGAGCAGAAGCUCAACACCCAGGGGGACACCUCUGGGAUGCAGGAACAGGGCCAAGUCGGCCCAGAGUGGCCCCUUUCCUGCUGGUCCUGACAUAGUUAGAUCAGAGCCUGGCUUGGCCUGCCCCAGGUCCCCCAUCUUCCCUACCCCGUGCCCUUGAGACUGGGAGGAGCAGGCAGCUGGCCCACUGUGGUCUGGGGCUGGGGUGAGAGACAGGCUGUGUUGAUACCUAUGUGGCUCCCUCAAGGAGUAUGGGGAUGUGAGGGUUCCACAAGCAGCCACAGGGUCCCUCAACCUCGCCCUGCGUAGUGGGGGCUCAGCAGAGGGAAGUGUUUGGGCAGCAGGUGUGAGCAGCAGGUGUGAGCAGGCUUUCCCAAGAGGGCUGGAAUGGCCAGGAGAGCCGGGUCUGCAGCCAGCUGCAUGGGGCUCACCGUGUGUCUGCCCCAGGUGGGUCUUUACACAGUCCUGCCGAAUGGAUGCCAGGCCACACGAGCCUGACCCAGGGUUCAGAAGGGUGGUUUCUGUUAGUCAGCGAACCCUCCUGUAGCACUUGACUCGCCAGUGCUUGUCUGCGCUGCCCUCUCUGACAGCUAGUGAGGGGCACUGUCAUUGACCCAGCACAGAGGCCAGGGAUGUGCCCACAGUCACUGCACCAUCCACCCAGAGCCUGGGCUUGGGUCACAAGCAGCCUGCCAGCAGACUCCCAAGUAUGCGAGAGUCCUGGAAGCACCCAUCUGGCUCCCACCUUUGUGCCUGCCCUUCCAGCUCAGGGACAUGCCCUCCGCUAGACCCUGUGGGAACAGUUCAGGCUGGUCCCUGCCCUGGAACCACAAUGCAGGGCAGUCAGUGUCGUGAAGAUUGAGCAGAGCAGGCCGGGAAGGCUACCUGCAGGAAGUGGAGAUCUGAGGACAGCAGCAGUCCCAGAGGGAGCAGCAGAAACACCACAGCCUCCAGGCCACAGGAUGGGUGGGCAAGGCUGGGAGAGGUGCCCGAAAGCAGCUGAGAGGCUGGAACCAGCGCCAGAGUGCGGGCCUGUGGUCACUGAAGGGUGUCAGCAGAGGCAGGCAGGGAGGGCGGGCGGGCAGAGAAUGAGGAAGAGAAGGGCCCGGGAGGCCCUCCCAGUCCUGGGGUGAGGGGGCUACCUGACGCACACACACUCCUGCUCCCACCGAAACCCCUCCUUCACCCCUUCCCAACCCUACCACAGUCCCAGCCGCCACCUGCUUUUAGGGUAAUGGCUCCAGCCUCCUCCCUGAAGCCCCCUCUCCAUCCCUCCAGCAACUGCUUGCUGAGCAGGUAGGGAAGACAGGAAGGACCGAGCAGGGCCCUGAGCGCCAGCCGUCCAGGUGGGAGGGGACAGAAGAGAGGGAGCCCUAAGGCAGGGUGCCUGGGCUGGAGCCCUGAAGGCUGCACUUUGAUGUUUUGAAUGGGGGAUCCCAGCGCCCCUCAGUUUAUUCUCAGCAAGCGCAGGGGGUCACGGCAGGAGCAGCCCCCCAACAGGCUCCCGGCCACACAGCGAGGGCGAGUAAGUGUUCCGGCUUGUGCGCCCUAGAGGUGUGUCCCCAGUACCUCCCACUUGGACCACUGCCCCCUUCCCGCUCCCAGACUUUACCCUGAGCACACUCAGCACCCGUCUUUCUGCAGAACGCUGGCCUCUUUCCAAUAUGAGACAGUGACUCGUUUGCUUUCUGUCUGCCUCCCCCUUGAAGAAUGUCAGCUCCCAGCAGGAUGUCUGGCAGUUAGGUCCUUGGCUGCUGGGCUCACCUCUGCCCUAGUGAGAUGGAGCCCCUCACCCCCAGAGCCCCUUGGCCAGACUUCAGUCAGUCUCUCCUUAGCCCUGUGCACAGGCCUCCCCAGUAUCAGCAGGAAUCCCCACUCUUGAGAUCUGAUCAGACCCUCAUCUCCACCCUUGAAAUCUGGUCAACUCCUCAUCCCCACCCUUGAGAGCUGAUCAAGUCCCGUCCCCACCCUUAAGAUCUGACCCUCCUGCCUGCCUUCAGUAAGAAUCCUGUCAAGUCUGUUCUGCAAGAAUUCCCAACCCUACGUGUCUCCUUGUAGCAGUUUCCCACCCACCGGUGACUCUGCUCUUUGGGGAUCAUCACAGCUGCCUCUGCUGUAUUCAGAAUGGAGCCCAGUCUCUUUCCCCUAUUGGAACGGUUUUGAAUAAAGUCUUCCUUCCUAUUUUAGCAAAUGUCUGAGCACCUAUUUCUUCAUUAAGCCCACUCCACCCUCUACCCCUACCUCCCCACCCCCCAGCAGAAUCCCAGGUGCCUGAGGAUAUUGGGAUGGGCCCUGGGGUCUGCACCA